CGGAGAGGCCGACGUCCUGUUCGCUAGUUCGCUGGUCAGUUCGCCGCCGCUGCUCGGUGAUGAUUGACAGACGCGGAGCUGCAGCUCCUCUCGGCAGCUCGGUUGUUAUCGCAGCUUCGUGGUUCCGGUAGUUCCGGUAGUUCGGUAGUCACCGUAACAGAAAGCAGAAGUGCAGCAUGGCGGGUCCAGAACCAGAACCAGCCCGGACUCCUCUCCUCUCUCACACCAGAACCAGAACCAGAACCGCUGCGCUCGGGUUGAUGAGGAUGUUAUUUAUUGCUUUUAUUCACACGACGCGAGCGAACAAACAACAAGCAUUCAUUCAGUCAGACACAAUUCUAGAAGUUUUACAUUUUGGCGAGGGAAGCCUCUUACAGGCAGAGUCUGACAUUGAUUUUAGUUUAUAUCACCAACAAAGCGCGUCGCCGCACCGCGGGAACUGCCGCCCUAUACGAUUUGAACCUCCAAUGUUGGACUUUCAUGAACAGCCCGUUGGAAUGCCAAAAAUGGAGAAAGUUUAUUUACAUAAUCCUAGCUCAGAAGAAAUUAGUUUGAUAUCAAUAUCAGCAACAACGGCACAUUUCCACGCAUCCUUUUUCCAGAAUAGGAUAAUUCCACCCGGAGGGAACACAUCAUUUGAUGUCGUGUUUCUCGCUCGAGUAGUUGGGAAUGUAGAAAACACUUUAUUUAUUAAUACAUCGCAUCACGGAGUGUUUACAUACCAGGUUUUUGGGGUCGGCAUCCCGAACCCCUACAGACUGAGGCCCUUCAUCGGGGCUCGAGUCCCCGUAAACAGCAGCUUCUCACCGCUAAUAAACAUCCACAACCCCUUCAGUGAACCACUGCAGGUUGUUGAGAUGUACUCCAGUGGUGGUGAUCUUCAUCUAGAGCUUCCUACAGGUCAACAAGGAGGCACUGGAAAAUUAUGGGAGAUUCCUCCGUUCGAGACGAAGGGGGUGAUGAGAGCCAGCUUCUCGUCGAGAGACGUCGACAACCACACGGCUUUCAUCAGAAUCAAAACCAACGCUCCCAACGAAGACCAGUUCAUCAUCCUCCCCGUAGAGGUGGAGGUCACAUCAGCUCCUGGUAUUUACUCCUCCACAGAGAUGCUCGACUUUGGUACGCUGCGGUCACAAGAUCGCCCCAAACUGCUGAAUCUACACCUUUUAAAUUCAGGAACAAAAGAUGUUCCAAUUACGAGUGUACGUACGACGCCAUCGAAUGAAGCCGUCACAGUAGAUUUCAAAGCGGUCACGCUGAAAGCUGGAGAGAGCAGAUACACCAGAGUAGCAAGUAUUAGUUUUGACGCCUCAAAAGCGAGAAGACCGUAUCAGUUCUCUGGUAAGAUAACGGUUAAAGCGAAAGAAAAGAGCUACUCCAAGCUUGAAAUCCCUUACCAGGCAGAAGUGUUAGAUGGCUACCUGGGCUUCGACCACACGGCGACACUGUUCCACAUCCGGGACAGCCCCGUCGACCCGGUGGACAGACCCAUCUUCCUCACAAAUGCCUUCAGCUUCGCCAUCCGGAUACACAACGUGUCGCUGCCCGAUGAGGCCAAAACCAUGUUUAAUGUGCAGAACUUCAGUGCCCCGAUCCUCAUCCCGCCACACGAGUCCCGUUACAUCUUCUCCCUCCUCUUCCGGCCGGUCCGACCCUCCAUCCACAUAGACAGCAACAUCCUGCUCAUCACCAACGCAUCCAAGUUUCACCUGCCUGUCCGGGCCUACACCGGCUUCUUAGAGCCGAUGGUCCUGCCUCCCAGUCUGAAGGAGAACAUCCUGGACUUUGGUGUUCGCAGUGCGACCGACACCAGCAGCAUCACGUUCGUGGUGGUGAACAGUAACCCCAUAGAGCUGGAGAUCAAGUCGUGGCUGGUGACGGGAGACAGUCUGUCCAUGGAGCUGCUGAAGACGGAGAAAGGAAACGCAUCAGUGGCCCUGAAUCGCCUGCGAGAGCUGCAGAACACCUCGGCCUCGCAUCACAAAACAGUGAUAUUAGCAUCUGGUUAUUACGCAGCAUUCAGAGUGACACUAGUGGCCAAAGCACUGGAGGGCAUGUAUGACGGAGCCAUACACAUCACCACAGAUUAUGAGAUAUUAACCAUCCCAGUCAGAGCUCUCAUAGCUGUGGGGACAUUAAACAGCUCUCCCAAGCACAUCCUUUUACCGUCUUCAUUUCCUGGGAAAGUGGUUCAUCAAAGCUUCAGCAUCCAGAGCUCUUUCACUCAGAAAGUGAGGCUCCAGCAGAUACGCUCCCUAACGGAAGACAUACGUUUCUAUUAUAAACGGCUCCGCAACAACAAAGACGAGCUGGAGCCCAGACGUAAAUCUAAGGUGGCUAAUAUUUAUUUUGACGCCAGCUUGCAGUGUGGUGAUCACUGUUAUGUGGGGCUGCCAUUUGUGCUUAAAUCGGAGUCGAAGCCUCACGGGCUGGCCUUACAGGAGGAUAUCUGGGACGCUGAUGUGGAUCUCCACCAGAAACUCCUCAGGCGAUGGAAAGAGCUGAAGGAGCGCUCCGGCCACAAGAUUGAAGCCGUCUUUGAAGUCAACACGGACCUCCAGAAAAACGUGCAAGCUAAAAUAACGGCCCACCUGACCUGGCCCUCGCUGGUCAACUCCUCACAGCGGAUUCUGUUUCCUCUGACCAACACCAACAGCUCUUCUGAGGAGGAGGUGAUUCUCCAGAAUCCCGCCGACGUCCUCGUCUACGUCCAGGUCCUCCCGUUGGCCCUGUUGCCCAACCCCUCCGUGUUCUCUGGGAAGCUGGCUGACAGGCUGCCGUUGGGGAAUUUAUCCAACAUCAACAUUGACACCAGCACCUUAGAGUUCCAGGUUCACAGAAAUCACACAUCGCUAAUGAAGAGCAGUACAGGCUUCAUAGAGGGAUCAACCAGACCCUUUGUGUACAACCUCCUCCUACUGCCCGGAGAAGUCAAGGCCUUCAGCGUGAGAUUCACUCCCACCAGCAACCACAGCGUCUCCUCCCUCCUCAUCGUCAGGAAUAAUCUGACCGUGAUCGACACCAUCAUACUUCACGGUCGAGGGACGACGGAGAGCCUGAAGGUGGCGGGGAAGCCUCCGGGACAAGGCAGCUCGCUGAGGUUCAAGAUGACCGAGGCUCUGCUCAAAGACUGCACAGAGAAGCUGAAAGUGAGGGAGCCAAACUUCACUCUGAAGAGGACGUUCAGAGUGGAGAACACCGGCCUGCUGCCCAUCACCAUCAGAUCAGCAGAAAUCAACGGCCAGGCGUGUGAAGGAUACGGAUUCAAAGUUCUCAACUGUCAGGAGUUUGCACUGAAGCCCAACGCUUCCAAAGACCUCAUCAUACUGUUUACACCCGACUUCACUUCAUCUCGAGUGAUCCGGGAGCUGAAACUGGUGACGUGUGGAGGCUCAGAGUUCGUGUUCGUCCUGAACGCCUCGCUGCCCUACCACAUGUUAGCAGCAUGUGCAGAAACGCUGCCCCGCCCAGGCUGGGAGCUGGAGCUCUACAUCAUCGUGUCUCUCAUCAUGAGCUCCAUGUUUCUGUUGGUGAUCGCCACGGCCUACCUGGAGGCUCAGAGCAUCUGGGAGCCGUUCAAGAGACGCGUGUCUGUGGAGUCCAACUCCAACAUGGAGACCGGGAGGCCUUUUAAUCUCAGGGAAAUUGUGCAGAUUCACAGUGAUUCAAAGUUGAACGAUUACAGCGACCCCCCCCAGAGCUCCAGAGGAGUUUACGCGUCCAGCAACGGAGCGGCUCGGAUCGGAGGCCGACAGGGCAGCAGCCGCACCUUCUCCGACUCCGACAGCCAAGACAAGAGGUCCAGGAUCGGCUUCGGCCGCCCAUCUAUGCAAGCUGCUGCUUCCUCACAGCUGACCAAAGGAAGUACAACCUCAGGCCAGGAAGGCCCUCCGGCCGCCUGCCAGCUCACCAACCGCAAGGCCCGGAGCACCAAACAGUUGGACCUCCAGAGUCCCGGUCUCUCCGGGUCCUUGCUGCCUCUCAGAGGAGGCCUCUGUCCCGAGGAGGCAGAAUACGCCAACCUGAUCGGAGCCAUGGACAACGACCUGGACCGUCCAGACUCCCUCAGCGGGGAGACUCUACAGGACCAGAGUCAGUCAAUACAGAACAAAGUGUUGGAAUCCAAAGGGAAGCUGAGGGGCAAAACAAAAGCCCAGAAGAAGAAGGAAGAGAAGGAGAAGAAGCCAGCAGUAAAGACUCAGGGAGACGAGCUGAAAGACAACCUGGCCGACAACGACGACAGCUCCUCCACCACCACGGAGACCUCCAAUCCAGAUGUGGAGACCAACAUCAAAGAGGAGCCGGUGAAAAAGAAAGGCCGGACAGUCACCGCAGGAAAAGUGAAAGAAGAAACUUCAAAUUUCCUCAUUAAACCCAAAACCAAGAAACAAGGAACCACAAAGGAGAAGAACCCAGCAGAGAAAUCCAGUUCUCUGGAGCUGCCGUACGUCACCCCGCUGGAGAACAAACAACGGAAGAGCUUCACAUCCAAAGCUCUGCAUCCUCUCACCAACAUCCCAAAGACCCGACCGCUGCAGAAACAGAGAUUUGAUGGGAAGCUGGAGGAAGGACGCCCCUCUCUGUUGGCCAAGCUGUUGUCCAGCGGUCCGGUACCAGAACUGGGCCACAGCAGCAGCUCUGAGGGGGAGAAGGAGUUUGCGUCUCCAGAGUGGGAUGUACCGCUCUCCAAAAACUGCAUCCAAGCAGACAGUCUUCAGCAGAUCUCCCUCCAGACCAUCAACGCAGACCCGUUCCUGAAGAGAUCCGUCACAGCAGGGACCUGCACCCCCCCUCCCACCUCCCCUAUCCUACUGUCCCGAGGCUCCUACAGCAGCGUGCUCAACAGCAACAGCGAGGUGAAUCAGAAGAAGGCUCCAGGAAACAAACUGUCUGCAGCCGGUCCGCUACCGGGAAAGAACGGGAACCCCACCUUCGCCGCUGUCGCUGCUGGUUAUGAUAAGAGCCCAGGUGGUUCUGGUCCAGGUAAAACUGACAAGACUCUGGCACACAUGACCUCAGUGGAAAGUGACAGCUCUGACAGUUCUGGAUUAUGGAGUCCCAUCGACACAGCAACGAGUCCAAACUAUCAUUCUGCCAACUCCUUCUCUGCUUUUGGACCCAACAACUCCUUCAACCUGACAGGAGUUUUCAGUGGAAUGAAUCUCCUGAAGUCCUCGGAGCCUCCUCAGAGCUGGCCUGAGUUCACCUCCACCUCCUCCAUCUGGGACAUCCCGAGCAGCGACUCCCUGCACUCCUGGCCCAGCAGCUCCAGCUCCCCCACCGCCCCCACCGCAUCCCUGCUGGGAUCGUCCCGUAGCCCGUGGUCGGCCACCGCUCCCUUCGGCAGUUCCAUCUGGUCUACGAGCGCAGAUUCAGCUUUGCACCCUUUCCCUCCGACGACCAACUCGACCACGCUGACCGACCUGGUCACCAGCCCCGCCCCCUCGCCGCCCGCUUCCACCACCGAGAUGAGUCGGACCUACAAUCCGUGGAGCAUGUGGCGCCCGACUCUGAGCCGACGCAGCUCCGAGCCGUGGCCCAGCUCCUCCGACAACAACGCCAGUUAAACGGUACAUGACUGCACUUAACAGACGCGCGUCGUGGAUGUGACGUCGUCUCUGUACGGUAAAUCUCAUUCUGUAAUAAUCGGAGAAUCCCAACAGACAGCAACGUUACCUGAAGUGUGACGGGUUCGGUAGCCCAGUGCUGCAGGUUACGGACUCAGCAAUUUAGUUCUCUGCAGCUUUUUAUUCACGGGGGCAGAAAUGCUAACUUUUUAUUUGGAUUUGUUUUAACAGGUGCCCCUAAAUGAAACAUGUUGCUGUUCUAGAAAGGCUGGUAAUGCUGCGCUCCUUCUCAAAGAGACUCUGGUGUUCAGUAUUAAUGUCACAACAGACAGCUUGUAUUGUUUUCACAAUCAUUUUGGUUUCUUAUAAAAGUUGGUUUUAAAAAGUCAAAUUAGCAUUUAAAUCAUCACUCGGCUUUUAUUUGGCAGCAUUAUUUAAAAUGUGACUUCAGGAAACCAACGGCCCCCAGAAAGCUUCAUGAAUGUUCGUGCUCCCGUUUUAAAGUGAUAACACCGAGGCCUUCCAAGCAGAAUCAAUUGGUGAUCAAACAUUUUACGUUUGAGGUUUGUGUUGUACAUCGCCUCUAUUUGUCAGCUAAUUUAAAUAAAGGAUUUCAGCAGAA